CAAGGCCAAAGAUAGUGGUCAUUGAUUGGUUCGUUGGAUCAGCUGAUUUCAACUGUCGUUUCAGUCGACUAAAGUCUGUGGUUUCAAACAAGUGUGUUCCAACUAUUUCUUCGAUAUUAUACCUUUUAUUCCUUGUCAUGGGCAAGAUAAAGUUCCAGCGCUUCAAAGGCAUUCGAAAAAGGAGACAGACAAAAAAGAUCGUUAUUCGAGAGGCCAUCGAAGAGGCAACUUCAACGAACGAAUUUAGGCCUAUCACACCCUCAUUUUCCACGGCAACAACGAGCGCAAAAAAGCUUGAAGCAUUUGGCCUUACACUUGAAAGUAUGCAGGAUGAAAUAGUUGGGAUGGAGAGUCAGGUUCAAAUGGACAAUUGCUUUCUGAUUGUUAGUAAGCAAUGUUUGAAAAAGUUAUUUGUUGAACUUUGCUGCCCAAACUGUAACCAGACUGGCGUAAUCUUUGACACUUUGAAGGGAAACGAUAUGGGAUUUUGUAGCAAGGCCUUCACUUACUGUAGUCUCUGUCAGUCAAAAAUUAGCCAGGAGUACUUAAGCGAAAGAGUGGACCGAUCAGAAUCGACACAGAAACCAUUUGAAGUUAAUGUUCGAUCAGUGUUUGCAUUCAGGGGUAUUGGGUGCGGCUACAAUGCAAUAAAGGACUGGGCCAGCAUGAUGAAUCUUCCAAAUAGUCCCAGUAAAGACUCAUAUGCCACUGCCAAAGACAAGUUGUUCAUUGGAAGUGGAAAAGCAUUUGAGGAAGUUGCCAGAAAAUCUGUUGAAGUAAUUAAAGAUAGGUACAAACAGAUUGGUACAUUGCCAGAUUGUAAUGGAAUUGUGGACAUUGCUGUUUCAUACGAUGGUUCAUGGCAAAGAAGAGGAGGAGGAGGUCAUAGCUCUCACAAUGGUGUAGGGGCUGUUAUUGAUGUUUUAACUGGCUUGCCUAUUGAUUAUGAAGUGUUGUGCAACUUUUGCCAUCAGUGUUUGAAAGCUCCAAGUGCAGAUGACCCCAAUUAUGCAGAGUGGCAAGAAAACCAUUCCUUAAAAUGCUCCAAGAAUUAUGACGGAACAGCCAAUUCAAUGGAACAGGAAUGUGCAAAGAGGCUAUGGAAUCGUUCUGUAGCUAAAUACCAGUUGAGGUAUACAACAAUGCUUUCUGAUGGUGACAGUAAAGCAUUUGACUCGGUUGUUGAGGCUAAACCAUAUGGCAAUAGUAUUACUAUUGUUAAAGAGGAAUGUAUUAACCAUGUAUCAAAAAGAAUGGGAACUGCCUUAGUCAACCUCCAGCAAGAAUGCAGAGCCCAAAAGGACUCCAUAUCAGGAAAGGGGAAGUUGACCAGAGCAAAGAUGCUCAAAAUUCAAAACUAUUAUGGACGGGCAAUUAAAGACAAUGCAGAUGAUGUUGCAAUGAUGAAAAAGCGCAUUUUUGCAAUCUUAUUUCAUUUAACAUCCACUGAUAAAAACCCUAAGCAUGUCCACUGCCCACCAGGAGAGAAUUCUUGGUGUUUCUGGCAACGAGCAGUAUCUAAAAAUGAAAAUUCUGGGUCACAUAAAGAGCAUGAAACAAUCCCAGAAGAUGUUGGCAAAAAGCUUGUUCCAAUAUUUCAGCGACUGACUGAUGAACGUUUGCUAAAAAGGUGCAUCAGAAGCAGAACACAAAAUCCAAAUGAGAGUUUGCACGGUCUUCUUUGGAGAUUUUGCCCAAAAAUAACAUUUGUUGGUCGUCAUAUGGUUGAAAUUGCA